AUGGCGGCGCUGAGCAGCGGCGGCAGCGCCGAGGGGGCCUCGCUCUUCAACGGGGAUAUGGAGCCCGAGCCGCCCGCGCUCGGCGCCGGCUACGCGGGGGGCGGCAGCGGGGACCCGGCUAUCCCGGAGGAGGUGUGGAACAUCAAACAGAUGAUUAAAUUGACACAAGAACAUAUAGAAGCACUGCUAGACAAAUUUGGAGGAGAGCAUAACCCACCAUCAAUAUAUUUAGAGGCCUAUGAAGAGUACACCAGCAAGCUUGAUGCUCUACAGCAGAGAGAACAGCAGUUACUAGAAUCCAUGGGGAAUGGAACUGAUUUCUCGGUCUCCAGUUCAGCUUCAACAGACACAGUUGCAUCAUCUUCCUCCUCUAGCCUCUCUGUAGCACCUUCAUCCCUUUCAGUUUAUCAAAACCCUGCUGAUAUGUCACGGAAUAACCCUAAGUCUCCACAGAAGCCUAUUGUUAGAGUCUUCCUGCCCAACAAGCAAAGGACUGUGGUUCCAGCAAGAUGUGGAGUGACAGUCCGAGACAGCCUAAAAAAAGCACUGAUGAUGAGAGGUCUUAUUCCAGAAUGCUGUGCUGUUUACAGAAUACAAGAUGGAGAGAAGAAGCCAAUUGGCUGGGACACAGACAUUUCCUGGCUCACAGGAGAGGAGUUACAUGUGGAAGUUUUGGAGAAUGUGCCACUCACGACACACAAUUUUGUACGAAAAACGUUCUUCACGUUAGCGUUCUGUGACUUCUGUCGGAAGCUGCUUUUCCAGGGAUUCCGCUGCCAGACUUGUGGCUACAAAUUUCACCAGCGCUGUAGUACAGAAGUGCCACUGAUGUGUGUCAAUUAUGACCAACUUGAUUUGCUGUUUGUCUCCAAGUUCUUUGAACAUCACCCCAUACCACCGGAGGAGGCCUCCUUAGGAGAGACCACCCCAGCAUCUGGAUCAUACCCCUCAGUGCCCCCCUCAGAUUCCGUUGGACCACCAAUUCUCCCUAGUCCUUCUCCUUCAAAAUCCAUUCCAAUCCCACAGCCCCUCCGACCAGCAGAUGAAGACCAUCGAAAUCAAUUUGGGCAACGUGACCGAUCCUCUUCAGCUCCCAAUGUCCACAUCAAUACAAUCGAACCCGUCAAUAUUGAUGACUUGAUUAGAGACCAGAGUUUACGAGGAGAGGGAGGCUCAGCUGCAGGCUUGUCUGCAACACCUCCUGCUUCUUUGCCUGGGUCACUAACCAAUGUGAAAGCGUUACAAAAAUCACCAGGACCCCAACGGGAAAGGAAAUCAUCCUCAUCCUCAGAAGACAGAAGUAGAAUGAAAACUCUUGGUCGACGGGAUUCAAGUGAUGAUUGGGAGAUACCAGAUGGACAGAUCACAGUUGGACAAAGGAUAGGAUCUGGAUCUUUUGGAACAGUCUACAAAGGAAAGUGGCAUGGUGACGUGGCAGUGAAAAUGCUGAAUGUUACGGCACCCACACCUCAACAGUUACAGGCUUUCAAAAAUGAAGUAGGAGUGCUCAGGAAAACACGGCAUGUGAAUAUCCUGCUUUUCAUGGGUUACUCAACAAAACCCCAGUUGGCUAUUGUUACACAGUGGUGUGAAGGGUCCAGUUUGUAUCACCAUCUACACAUAAUUGAGACCAAAUUUGAAAUGAUCAAGCUAAUUGAUAUUGCACGACAGACUGCACAAGGCAUGGAUUAUUUGCAUGCCAAGUCAAUCAUCCACAGAGACCUCAAAAGUAAUAAUAUUUUUCUUCAUGAAGACCUCACAGUAAAAAUAGGUGAUUUUGGUCUAGCUACAGUGAAAUCACGGUGGAGUGGAUCCCAACAGUUUGAACAGUUGUCUGGUUCCAUUCUAUGGAUGGCACCAGAAGUUAUUAGGAUGCAAGAUAAAAACCCAUAUAGUUUUCAGUCGGAUGUGUAUGCAUUUGGGAUUGUUCUCUAUGAAUUGAUGACUGGACAGUUGCCAUACUCCAACAUCAACAACAGAGACCAGAUAAUUUUCAUGGUGGGACGAGGAUACCUAUCUCCAGACCUCAGCAAAGUACGGAGCAACUGUCCAAAAGCUAUGAAGAGACUAAUGGCAGAAUGCUUAAAAAAGAAAAGAGAUGAGAGACCCCUUUUUCCACAGGAGAAUUUGCAGCGUUCAAGUAGCCACAGCACCAUGGCAGCACCCACUCUGUUAUUUAAGUCUUGUGUUCCUACAGUUUCUUAACAUCAAAACUCCAUUCUGCUCCACAAAACCUAAAGUAAUCUACAAAAGAUAUCCAUAAGCUUAAAAGUGGAGCAGAAUGGAACCACCAGUCCAACACAAUGGGAAAAAGUACCUUUUUGGGAACCAGAAUCCUCUGCUGCCAGUGUUUCUCCUUCAACACAAACCACCACGUGCAUUUGGAGACCUGCAGUGGCUGCCUGUGCCGUUGGCAUCAUUCCCAGGAGAGAGGAGAGGGCGCUCGUGGUGUGACUGUGGUGCUCGGGCGUGAGGGGAUGGAGCUGCUGCUGCUGCAACUUAGGAGAUUUGCUUUGGAUGGUCUGCCAGCCGGCUUCCUCCCUCUAACUACGUAACCAUCAGAGGCUGAACGUCUGAUGAGUGCUAAUUUCAAUGAAUCAUUUUCCAUUCUGAUCCUUUUUUUUCCUGGUGUACUUACUGAUUUAUGGGCAACGCAGUAUCCCCUUUUCACUGUAUUGCAGUGUCAGACGCCUCAAACUGUCUGUAUUACUGGGAUUUAUUCCUUUAAAAUUAAAAGUGUGGGGCAGUGGGAGCUGGAGAUGUUAUUCUGAAGGCAGAGCAGUUCAUCUGAAGGAAAAGGGGAUGCUGCCACACCUUUUUUUUUUUUUUUUUUUUCAGAUUUACUUUACCACUUCUUAAAAAGGACAAACAACAACCACCAUCCUUAACCUUUUUCCUUUUCCAGUAUUUUCUUGAUGUGUGCAUAUACAACAUCUUUUUGAAGGAUUAGGUAGAUCCUUCUUUUGUUGGUCCAGCAACAAACUGAAGUUUAAAAAAAUGUAGCGAGAUUGUCCUUUUAUUUUUUUGUAACAUAUGAUACAAUAUAUUUAUCAAAGAUGCUACUGUAGCAUCUAAAGUCUGUAGAAAUCCUGAUACAGACUGUGAAUGGUGUGUGUACCUACUUUAAAAGUUUUAUUUUAAACGAGGGUGCAGGUUAAUGCCAGGUACCUUACCAAUAUGUAAUGUUUUCAUAAAUGAGGAAAAAAGUUCUCAGGUUGAAUUGAAUACAAAUACAAUCCCCCCCUAGAAUUAGACAUUCCAAAAAUUAUGUUUUGGUACUUUCAAGAGCUUUUUUUAAAGGAUUUUUAUCCUGUUAACUAAACGUCCUCUGAUAAGUGUGUGUGUAAAUGUGGAGCAUCUUGUCCUAAUGGCAAGUUGUUAGAUCAAAACAAAACGGUACUUGCUGGAUCCACGCUGACUACUCUUCCUCUCAUUGCUUUCUUCCCUGUCAUCUCUUCCCUUCUGUUUGUCUUUCCCUUCUGUACACUUUGCAAACUAGGAAGAAGGUGGCGGUAUUUCCAUUAGAGUGCUUUGUUUUCCUGUCCUCCAGUCCUGGUUUUCUAAUGAUGACAAAUUACCCAGUCAGGGAAAACAGCUCAUCAAGUUCUGCACAUCAUUUACCUCUAGUAGAAUAUCUUGUGAUGUGAUCUGCUUGCAGAAUUCUCUGGUAUGUGCUAUUACCUGUAAAUUAUUUGUACAGAGGCAAGGCAGACCACAUUGGAAAGAAACUCAAGCUCAGACAGAAGUUAUUCUAGAAUUUGAUUUGUAUCAGCCCUGUACCACUCCAGGUGGGGCAGGAGAACUGACCCUCCCCCCCUCCCCCCCCCCCCCCCCGUUUAGCAGGGAGGCUCUUGCUGGGAGAGGGUGGGGAGUGCUUAACAAAAUCAUGACAAAUAAAUGAAGGCAUUAAAUGCGUGUGAAUGUGGUGUCCAUGCUAAAUGUGGAUGUACCAAGUGAGGAUUCUGUCCUUCCCUCCCUAGGGAAAGUUGGACUGUUCCUGUCAGCAGAAGGUUGCUCCCAGAUGAAGGGAGACAAGCACAUGGGAAGUAAAGGCGCUUUUAAUACCCUGGCAUUUUGCAGUGUUGCUGGUAGUCUGUUAUGCUUGUCAGUAAAUAUUUGCUGGGACUGUAGGGACCGGACUGAUCUGAAGUGGGAAUUAAAACUGAAAUACUGUGUAUUCAUAUUAAUUCCACAAACGUUAGCAAGAUAGCAAUAGUGAAUGACUUAAUUAGUCACUACAAGAAUGAAGUGAUUCAUGUUGGUACAUGAACAGAAUUGAUUUUGUGUACAGGACACAUUUUAAAAACGAAGGGAAAAAAAAGCACAAAUAUUUUUGUCUGCUGUGGGUCUUCAGAUGCUGUGAGAUUUUUUCCUUAGUGAGGUUGGCAGGAAUUUUAAAAGUAGCAAUAGCCACUUUCCAGUGUGGAGAAGCUGAAUCAGAGCAGUGGUGUGCAGAUGGUGCAGUCAGAGUGCUCCCUGGUGAUCAUCUGACCAGUACCUGAGAGGUGGAGGGAGCCUGGGGCCACUGGUGGCAGCAGGCAGGUGAGAGCAUUUACCAGACACAGGCUCCCAGAAGGGGGAGGAGUCACUGCUUCUCCUAUCACCCCAUGCUUGGCUCCAACCCCUUUAUGGGCUAUAGCCCCAUUUGUACAUGUCAGGGAUACUGAGGUAAAGGUUCUCUUGAAAGAAGCUGUUUGCAGAGCAAGUAUGGACAGGUGGUUCAACACUCAUUUGUUUCACAGAGCUGUUAAAAGCUCUUGUUUCCUUCCGCAAAGUCAUGCUGGCUGAAGUUCCUCUGUCAGGAACUUCAUUCUAUCUUUGCUUAAAAUGAACUUACUUUGGUGAAGAUUCAUUACCCAUUAGUCUACAGUAUGCUUCUUGAGCCCAUAGGAAAAGCACAAGGAAAAUUGCUAUCCUUGUCCAUGCAAAGCACUUUAUAAGUAACACAUGAUCUCUGGGUUUGUUUUUUUUUAAUUGGGGUUUGUUUGUAGCUUUGUUUUUGUUUUAUUUUUUUUCCCUGAGGAAUGUGCAAGUUGUGUGGCUGCUGUUUAGAGAAGUCCUUUCAGGAUGCAUUUCUACUGGUUUUCUCGUUUUUUUGUUUCCCUCCAGAUAGCUGUAGUAAUGUGUGUUUGUCUCUAAGAGUUCCCAUGUAAUGCUCAUGCAAAACUUUGGAAGAAAUGUGGUUUGUAAAUAAUUGGGAUAAUUUUUGGUUUUAUCUUUUCCUUCAGGAGUUUUUCUGGAUGUCUUGCAUGCUGUCAGAACCAGUCUUAAAGAUGCCCUGUAGAUGUUUAGUGAAUAGGGAAGAAUAGAUGAGAAAUGAGUGCUCUCUGUAGCAGUGGGAGGAAGGAAGUAAACUGAAAUGACCAAUACAUUCAUGCCAUGUUGUAAGGGCCAAAAUGAGGGAUGGGAGGCUCCAGGUGGCUCUUUAAAAUGCUGUUUAUUGGAUUCAAAUGAUACAGCAAUUCACUGGUGACGAGCCCAGCCCACAGCCUUUUCAGCUACAGCUGUGGGUUGUAUGAAGCCAAUUCUAGUUCUGGUUACAAUGCAUUACAUACUUUUUAUUGCAGAGCAUCUUAAAAUAUGACCAACCAAUCAAUACUUUUACUUAUAGCCUAUCAUAACUACUAACAUUACUGUAUUCAUGUUACAGUUUUCCAAUCAAAAAAAGUUAAUAUAUUAUAGUUUAAGCUAGAAGUUGUUUUUCAGUUUUCUUGCAGUGGAAAAUCCUGAGUUUUUUUUCUCUACUUGCAACAUUAGCUUUCUUAUUGGCCUGUGAAAUUUUUUUUGUUUGGUAAAAACAUUUUUUAUUCAUGGUGGAUUUAUCCUUUGCUCAGAGUCAUAAAAAUCUCUUCCAACUCACUUGCUUUUUGCCUUCUAGUUACCCAGUAAGACUGGCUCAUCAGUUCUUUUUUUUUAUAUCAAAACUUGCUAUCAUUUCUAUUUCCUUUUCAGAUUCUAUGUUCAAAAAUCUUUUUGUUAUACAUACGUAUUUGUGAAACCUUCUUUUCAAAUCCUUAUCUUUUCUUACGCCAUGUUACCCAAAAUUCCUUAAGCUUCUUUGUGGGGUCCCAACCACAGGCACCUGCCAUAGUAUGGAAAUGUGAGUACGUACUUCGUGUGCACAUGUUGGGACAAAUGCCUAGAGAGUCAUACUGCUUCUUUUAGCUCUGUAGUAUCUUGUAUUUCAUAAUUAUUUGCAAAAGUACCAGUAACCAGGCCCAGCUAUUCAUGUCUUUAUCAACCAGGCACAGACCUUCCCCUCUGCUUGUCCUUUCCAUACAGGUGACAGAGGCCUGUUUCCUGUUACACCUUCCUGCUCAGUAUGUGAUUUUUUAUUUUUUUUCCCCCUGGCAUAUUUGCCAGAACUGCAAUGUUGUGGUGGAGCUCAAACCAAAUGACAGGAAUAGAGAGGCCAGGUUACAUUGAAAGUAAUUUCUGUUAGUUAAGUCCUACAUAGCCCCAGGUACAAUUAGCCCAGUUGUCUUGUUAUUGUUGUUUUGUUUGGUUUGGUUUGUUUUUGGUUUU